AAGAAAGUUACAUGGAGAUUCCUUCUAAGGCAUAGUCUCGGAAGCUGCUUCGUUAUGCUAUUCAAGGUUCCACUUUCGGAAUAACCUUCAUCAUCUCACAAACAUACCACUGAGCUGAAGGGAGAAUGAUAAGAUGGAGAGAAGAGAAAACUAGAGGAAGGAGCAUUAUAAUAUGGUUAACUAAUGUUUUAAAGAAAAAAGUCUAAAAAAAAAAUCAAAAAGCUCUCCAAAAAACGUUCUCUGAUCGAAACUUAUUUAAAUCUCCGUCACCGACUCCGGUGGUUCGCCGCUACCGGAGUCGCCCUUCUCCUUUCCUAUUUUUCUUUUUUGCUUCUCUUCCAUCUCCUAGCUACCUUCCGAUAUGCUUGUUCUUGUGGGGUUCGCUCUUCCAAGCCCUAGAUCCGGCCAGAUCUGAGGUACGGCAGUUGCAGGUUCCUGGAGGCACGGCGAGGAGGUGAGGCAGGUGAAGGAGGUUGAGUCGGCUCUUAGGGUGGGGAAAGAUUGGUUCGGCGGUUUUGUAGAUCUAGAUCUGCUUGUUCGGUCGUCUUUUCCAGAAGUGGCAGCACGUGAGCUAAGGAGCUUCCUCUUCUCGGAUCUGUUCCUCGGGUUUGUAGUCGGAGUGGGGUGGUGGUUCGUUUGCGGUAUCCUCGCCUUGGCGUCUUGGCUAUGGAGCUUCUCUUGACUCCACCCAAGGUGGGUGUCGGGGUCUAUUCUCCGGUGGCGCGUCUCAGUGGCUACCUUGGUUUCGUGUGUUGGCUGGUGUGUCUCUGUCGACGGCGCGUGGGGGGUUCUCUGGCUGGUAAAGGCACGUGGAGUCGUCUAUGGCUCUAGCGUCGGCUAGUCGAAGACCUUCCUCUGCCUUUGGAUUUCUUCAGUUCUCGGUUUCUUCGUGUAGGAAGACCUGAUUGAGAUUUUCGAGGCUUCUCUUCAGGUUUACUUUGGGUCUACUGGCCUCGGUUCCGUGCCUCUGACCUGGUACUUUGCAGGCACGGUCUCGGCGGUUGGAAGAUGAUUCGUUUCUCUGGUUCUCAGAGGCGUAACGUGCGGUUGAGUUUGGGUUUCUACGGUCAUGAGGAGACCUUCACUUCACCGGUGGCGGCGUUGUUGAGUGUUGCCAUCCCAGUGGCGAUUUUGAUCGUCAGGUUACUCUCUUUCUCUUCCAUUGUAGGUCCCGGAGUUUUCUUAUCAGUGGUGCGGCUGUGACUUCAACCCGCUUUUGUAUAGCUUUUUGAGAGUAGUCGCUUCCUUGCUGACUUUGUGUCGGUCUGUGGAGAUGUUGUGUAAGCCUGGUGGUCUCGUUACUAUUGUUGCGGCAUCUGCGGGUUUCUUGGUUGUGGUUUGCUGUUUAGUUUGUUGAGCUGUAGGAGGAUGUAGUAAGGCUUCGGUGUGUGGAGAUGCGGCUUUCCUUUAUUUGUGGGCUCCUGCUAUUAAGCUUCCUUGUUUCUGGUUCUGAGAGGAGAUGCGACUCCUCUUUGUUUGUGAGUUCCUGCUAUUAAGCUCGGGUGAUCGUUUCUGGUUCCGAGUGGAGAUGCGACUCCUUCUUCUUGUGAGUUCCUGCUAUUAAGCUCAGGUGAUCGUUAUUCUGAAGUGGAGAUGCGGCUCUUCUUUGCGAGUGAGCUCCUGCUAUUAAGCCCCGUUAGCUUGUGUUGUCUUGGCGUUAGUCCCAUCUUGGUCCUUCGUUUUUGCUGCCAUUUGAAUCAGCUUCCUAUGUGUUCGCAAUCGGUUAGCACCCUCCUAGUGUUCUUGUAUGUGUUAGCCUUGGUCGAACCUCUUCUCCGGGAAUACAGUCUUUAUCGCUAAUUCUCUAGGUGGAUGCUUACAAGUUGAAGUUUGGAGAAUUACUGAUUAUCGUUUGUUUCCAUGUUUUUAUCUUUUUUUGCCGUGGAAUCAAUUAUCCUAGGUUCUACAAUUUGUUAACAACAGUCUGUAAAACCUCUUGUUCAUUUUUCGAAAUGAUAUUUACAUUUUUAGCAAAAAAAAAUAUGGUUAACUAUCAGCAAAUAUAAAUGCGAGAAUAUCUUGAGUAAUCCAUAUUGAUUAUUAUAUGCUUAAUUACGGACAAAAAUAUAUGAUAUAAAUGCGGAUUUUUUAAAGUAAUCCACAUUAACUGAAUUAUAAGAGAGAUGCAAUAUUUUAAUUUUGGAGUAAAUUAUAAGAGCGUUGUAAAAUUGUGAAAUUUCAUGCAAGAAGAUUAACUAAAACAAACGAAAUCGGUCGAAAACAAAACAGUUCUUAUUUGUUUUCACUUUUAUAUUGAACCAUAAUAUCAAUUGUAUAUAAUAUAGCGAGAAUAUAUUUUGGAGGAUUAAAACAAAAGAUUGGGAGGAUAUAAGAUUUAUGAGAAUAUAUCGCAUAUGACAGAAUUUGAAGAAUUUUUAGAUGAAUAACUAAAUUACAAUGAUACAAAAAGUAAUAUAACAUACAAAGUAAGAGCAUUUUCAAAAUAGCAGUCAUGUUUUAAUAGUGUCGAUGAUCAUAAAAGGAAAAUUGACUUUCUAAAAGGUUUGAGAAGUUAUGAGAAAAGCAAAGUAGUUGGAAAAAAAACUUAUAUAGUCAAAAUUAAACGGAAAUUAUAUCAACAAAAAGGAAAGUAACAACAAAACCUAAAUAAAUUAGGUUUCAAAGAUCCUCCUAGACUAAGAAAUUGGUAUUGUACCCCUAUAAAUACCCCGCCCGUAUUAAACUCUACAAUUCAUCACUGCAAUCAAACAGAACAAAGCAAAAACCCUAAGAAACUAUAGAUAUCGUUUUUCAUUAUGAGAUCCAGAGGCGACUUGUAUUUCAGGCAUGAGAUCGACCGUAACCCUUCAGCCUCGGAUGCUGGCACAUUCAAAGCAUGCGCAACCAUGGUCACAUGGCACGAGGACAUGGAAGAUUCUGAAACAACAUUCUCGUUUACGUUGUCGGCGGAGGACGUCAUCGAACGGCAAGGACUUGCCAACAAAAUACAAGAACUAGAUGAGCUAUUCAUGGAAGCUGCUUUCCCUCAAGAAGAUAAUUUGCUUUUGUUGACCCAAGAAGCCUAUCAUUGUUUCAUUGAAGUGAUUUCCUCAAGUGAUUAUAGCAGAGAUUGUGCUGUGUCUCUGUGGUUUACUUUUCGUGUUUGGCGUUCUCCUCCUCCUCUUCCUCCUUCAGUUGAUGAAUUUGAGGAUGAUGAUGAUGAUGAUGAUGAGGCGACCAAUAGUAAUAUUCCAAUCAGGGCAGCAAGCAAGCUCGCCAUCAAGUCCUUAACCAAGAAAAUAUACAACAAAUGUGACUCUCUUGCCAUUGACAGUUGCACUAUUUGUUUGGAAGAGUUUAAGAGUGGAGUCAAUGUUGUCGAGUUACCCUGUGGACAUGAAUUUGAUGAUGCAUGUAUCGGACACUGGUUCGAGACCAAUCACAUUUGUCCAUUGUGUCGUUUCGAGUUGCCUCGUGAGCAUCAUUGAAGAUAUUGAAAAUUAGGUUAUUCAAUUUUCAUAAAGUAUGUUGACAAAAAUAAAACACUGUUACAUGUUUUCAUAUUUUCGCUUUUUUUCUUCCCGUAAAACUAUGCACUUGAUUCGAUUUCGCUUAAUAUAAUGGAAUGCAUCCACUGUUCUUCGGCUUUUGUCAACCAUGAUGCUCAUAAAAAAAUAUUUUGGUUAAGUGAACUUAAGGGCAAAGCUCAUUCAUUUUUUAGAUGAGUCUUGUCGUAAGAUGAGGAACAUCAACUGAAAUUGUUAGCUAAGGUUUUGCCUCCAUCACCUAAAUUAUGUUAACCAUGCUUCCUUUACACAUAAACUAGGGUUUUAAAUUCGUUAUUCUACAAUUUUGAUAGAACUAACAAAGACACCUUUUUACUAAUAUUAAUGGUAUAUUUAGAACAAAAAACACACUUGAUUUUAUGAUAAUUUCAAGGUGUUUCUCAAAAAUUCUCCAAACCAUAAAUAUGAUUGAAAAUGAUUCAAACACUAAGUGGUUUAUUAUAUAGUAUAUCCUUUAUAUAUUAGUAGAAAAACAUUUAAAAAGUUGUAACACGUUGUUGUU